UUUGUUUAUAUGUUGCCGAAAACGGACCACAUCACAACAUUCCACGAUUUGUGCGGCACGAUUUCAACGUUCAAGCCAGCGAAGAAACAUCUGCGAGAACACCGGUACCUCUCGUUACCCGGAGGAAAAUAGCCACAACUGAACAGUUUUUUACUCAACGUAUAACGUUUCUACCUCUAUCGAACCAACCAAAAUGCGUAAGCUACGCGGUGGCCAAACGAAGGAAACCCGAAAGCAGAAGCAGGAAAGGAGAGAAGAAGUUUUGAAAAUUCGCGAACAGAUGAAAACCAUCGUCCUGCCAACGGUUGGUGUGCUCUUCCUGUGCAUAAUCGUGUACGUGUACCUCAAGACACGUCCCCAGUACGAGGAGCUGUAGCCGGCUGAUAAACCGGUUCUACCCCAGUUGGAUCCAGUUCCAGGCAAAGUGAGAAGAGAGAGAAUGAGAGUUGGGCGAGACCGAAUCGAUACGCCUCCCCGAUUCCCCGUCCACGGUACGCGCGCGUCCAUCCACCGAAACGGAUGGAAGAUGUAUUUAUAUUUACAACCAGCUCUAUUUUACAACAUUUUUGUGCAAUGUUAUUAUGCAGAGUCCACCGCUGUGCGGGCGGCACGCAGCGUGUAACCGUUCAUUUUACAAUCGUACAUUAAGCAAAUGUAUUUCACCAGUUUCUAUACAAUUCGUGGGUUUGGUUGAAUUUGAUAUGAACCAACAUCCGAAGGACUCAACUGGCACCACCACCUACGCCGGUUUUAUCGCCUGUUCCAGGUGUGCGUUAAGGGGGUAGAAAUGUCACUUUCUUCCCUCCCUGAUAAGAGGUGCAUCCAAGUAAACACAUUGUAGGAAACGAAAAACGCUCGGCACGACUCGCGGACGCAAAUCCCUCGCUUCUGCCUGGUACGACGAAGGCUCUUAAUUGAAUUACAGAAAGCAAAUAGAGCGCACACGAUUCGCCAGCUCGCCGCUCGCAGCCCACUACACAUUGCGUACCGCGAGUACCGCGCCCUUGCGGAGACAUUCAGCGUGUUGUGCGAUCGCGACUGCAAAUCAAACACCAAUGAGAGCAGCGUGCCACUUGUUUACAUUGGCCUUUUCUUUUCGGUAAUUUAUCGCUAUCACUGUGCUGCGGCAAACAUGGAUACGAACUCAACGGUUACACCCGCGUACGGAACAAGUGAUACCGAUGGUCCUAUCAUAAGCCUCGGUACGGUCGUGUCCGUAACGGAAGGAGUGAUUGUUAAACGAAAUACGGACCGGUCGGACAACCUGUACUUUCUGUUCAUCCCGCUGGCCGUCCUGGUGACGGUUGUGCUGCUAUCUGUGGUGGUUUACUUGAUGGCGAGAAGGCGGCAUAAAAUUCUGCCAAAGUACAGCUACGUUCCGAGCUUCAGCUUUGAAUCGUCUGACCUGGACGACGAUCGGGAGGAGCGAGAGACGGAUUACCUGCUGAAGGGCGCAAAGCUACGCAUCGGGAAUGCACCGCACCACUCCGAUGCAUCGAUCUACGUUGGUUCUUCGUCUGCUGGCAGAUACAACGGUAGCCCGGAGCUCUUUGCUUAAUACAAUUAGUGCAUGCACGCGUGCCCCUUUUGUGAACCGUGCUAGUUGUGAACGUGUUCAGUGAGCUUGAUGUUCGUGGAUUGCUAGAUGGUCUCAGAUUUAGGUGUUGGAUUUAGUGUAAUA